ACUCUCUAGCCCAGGAAGAGGUUCUGGCCUCACUCGGUUCCGCUGGGUUCUGCUCCGCUCUGGACGUGCUGGCCAUGUGGGCCUCCCGAGUGCUCUGGGGAAGCCUGGGCUUCCUGCGCAUCGCCUGGUGUCUCCUCCCGCAGACGGGCUACAUCCAUCCCGAUGAAUUCUUCCAGUCGCCCGAGGUCAUGGCAGAAGACGUCCUGGGCCUCGAGGUCUAUCGUCCCUGGGAAUUCCUCCCCAGCUCGCCCUGCCGAUCCGUCGUGUUCCCUCUGUUGACCAGCGGCUCCGUGUUCUGGCUGCUGGAGCUGCUGGAGCAGCUGGACCUCUGGCCAGGCUCGGUCAGCAGCUACACCCUGCUGGUGGGGCCCCGCCUGGUCUUCACGGCCCUUUCCUUUGCCUUGGACUGGGCCGUGUACCGGGCGGCCCCUCUCUGGGGGGCUGAUCCGUGGAACGCCCUGGUCCUGCUGGCCGGCUCCUACGUCACGCUGGUCUUCUACACGAGGACCUUGGCCAACGCCAUGGAGGGCCUGCUGUUCAUGUGGCUGUUGGUGCUGGUCUCGCCGGGCACGGGGAGUGACGAGGCAGAUGGGAAAGCGAGUCCCAGGGCUGGGAGGCACAGCUGGCUCCUGGGGGCCUUGGUGGCUGCAGGGUUCUUCAACAGGCCCACGUUCUUGGGGUUUGCCCUUCUGCCCCUGCUCUUCUGGUCCAAUGGCUGCACCACAGUGUUGGCUCUUAGUAUGAAGACUCUGGUCCAGAGCAUGCUGGAACUGCUCCCCGGGGCCAUGCUGGUGGCUGCCAUGUUUGUGGCUGUAGAUACAUGGUACUAUUCCUCCCGGCUGGGGCUGGGCCCCCACCUUGUCCUGACUCCCGCCCACUUCCUCAGCUACAACCUGGACCCCCAGAACCUGGCCCAACAUGGCACCCACCUCCGCCUCACUCACCUGGCCAUCAAUGGCAUCUUGCUUUUUGGGAUUCUGCACCUCGAGGCGGUAAUGGCUGCCUGGAGAGCCCUGAAGGAAAGCUUCGCCCUCUUGGCUCAGCCUCAGGCUCCUUGGGCCCAUGCCUGGACCAUCCUGAACAGGCAGAAUGUCCUCCUCCUCUUCUACUUUGUCCCCCUGGCUCUGCUCUCCCUCUUCAGCCACCAGGAGCCCCGGUUCUUGGUCCCCCUCUUGGGGCCCUUGGCUCUGUUCAGCAGUCAGAAGGGCCGUGGGGGUGCCUGGUGGAGAGCCCCCACGGUCACUGUCUUCAACAUUCUUGGGGCCUUGUUCUUUGGCUGCCUUCACCAGGGUGGCCUAGUCCCUUGCCUGUCCCAUUUGGAGCACAGUAUCCACUCUGCAGCUCCCAAAGGCCAGCUCUCCCACUUCACCCUCCUCUUCACUCACACCUACAUGCCACCCCGAUACCUCCUCUAUCUGCGAGGGCAGGAGCCCCCUGUGGAGGUCAUUGACCUCGGAGGGGCUGAGAGUGGGGCCCUUUGCCAGACCCUCGACCAGCUCACCAGCCAGUCCAUCUGCACCGUUGCUGGGGGAGAUCGGCUCUGCCGAGUCUUUGUGGUGACCCCUGGGACAGCCAGGGAGGCCGUGGCAACCUGUCCCUUCCACCUGAGGAAUGAGACCCGGGUGUUUCCCCACCUGACCCUGGAGGACCCGCCUGUGCUCUCUGACCUGAUGGGCAGUGACUGGAGGGACUCUCUUGAACUCUAUAUUCUUGAAGUGGGAGAACGGAGGGAGCAAUGACCUUUUGGUAAGGGGGUGAAGCCGCCUCCUCAUCUGGGUGCCCCUGGAAGCUACUUUGCCUAGUAAGACUUGUUUGGUCCCUGCUCCUUCGGUGGUGUCCCCAGCAGGACCCUCAGGCAGACUGACUUGGUACCAAAGCAUGUUUCCAUCCCAGGCAUAAGCCACAACUCUCUAGAACCCGAGCCAAAGACAACUCUUUGUUGGCCAAGCUCUGACC